CCCCGGUGGCCCUGCCGCAGUCUCUGUGGCGCUGUGAUCUCUACCUGGCGUAGACGGGACUCAGGGAGACCCAGGAAACCUAGAAAUGGAUGCUGUGGCCAUCGAAGACGUGACUGUGGACUUUACCCUGGAGGAGUGGGCCUUACUGGAUCCGCCACAGAAGAAACUGUUUAGAGAUGUGAUGCAGGAAACUUUCAAGAACCUGGACUCAGUAGGCAAAAAAUGGGAAGAUCAUGACAUUGAAGAUCAGGACAAAAACCAUGGGGGGGAACUAAGAAGUCAAAUGGUAGAAAGACUCUAUGAAAGUAAAGAGCAUAGUCAAUGUGGAGAAAAUUGCAGCCUUAUCUCAAAUCUCAGUCUGAACAAGAAAAGCACUGCAGUAAAACUACAUGAGUGCAAUACAUGCGGGAAAGUCUUCACACAUCAUUUUUCCCUUAAUUGGCACAUCAGGUGUCACACUGGACAAAAACCAUAUGAGUAUCUGAAAUAUGGAGAGAGGCCAUAUAAAUGUAAGAUUUGUGGGAAAGCUUUUAUUUUCUCAAGUUUAUUUAAAAUACAUCAAAGGAUGCACACUGAAGAGAAGACCUAUCAUUGCAAGGAAUGUGGGAAAGCCUUCCGUUUUCAUGCAACUUUGCAAAUACACGGAAGGAUUCACACAGGAGAAAAACAAUAUGAAUGUGAGGAAUGCGGAAAACCUUUCAUGUGGCUCACAAGUUUCCGAAGACACAUGGCAAUGCACAAUAUAUAUGGUCCUUAUAAAUGUAAACAAUGUGGGAAAGUCUUUAGAUAUCACCGUGCUUUUCAAUCACAUGAAAGGACUCACAUAGGAGAGAAAUCCUAUAAAUGUAAGCAGUGUGGAAAAGCUUUCAAUUCUCAACGAGGUUUCCAAGCACAUCAAAGAUAUCAUCAAGGAGAAAAUCCCUAUCAGUGUAAACAAUGUGGAAAAGUCUUUAGAUAUCCUCAUACUUUUCAAGCACAUGAAAAGAUUCACACAGGAGAGAAACUCUAUGAAUGUAAGCAAUGUGAUAAAAUUUUCAAUUCUCGUCGAGGUUUCCAAGUACACGAAAGAUAUCACAAAGGAAAGAAGCCUUAUGAAUGUAAGAAAUGUGGCAGUGCUUUCAGUUCUCAUCAAGGUUUUGAAAUACACGUAAGAAGAAAUCACAAGGAAGAGAAACCCUAUGAGUGUAAGCAAUGUGGUAAAGGUUUCAUUUGUCAUCGAGGUUUCCAAUUACAUGAAAGAAAUCACAAGAGAGAGAAAGCCUCUGAAAGUAAAUGUGGUACAGCUUUUGGUUAUUACCAUUACUUACAAUUACAUGGAGGAACUUAUACUGGAGAGAAAUCCUAUGAAUGCAAGGAAUGUGGGAAAGCCCUAGGCAGUAGCAAAGCCUUAAAGAUACAUGAGAGACUGCACACAGGAGAGAAACCCUACAAAUGUAUGCAGUGUGGCAAAGCCUUCAGGAAUCCAUCCGGAUUUCGGUCACAUGUGAAAAUACAUGCUGGAAAUAGACCAUAUCAGUGUAAGGAAUGUGGGAAAGCCUUCAUUUAUCCAUCACGCGUUCGAGCACACAUGCGAGUACAUGAUGUAAAUAGACCUUAUCGAUGUAAGGAAUGUGGGUUAGCAUUUUAUUUUCCCAGUACAUUACGCAGGCAUGAAAUGACUCACACUGGAGAGAAACCCUGUGAAUGUAAAUACUGUGGUAAAGCCUUCAGAGAUCACAGUUACUUAAAAAUACAUGAGAGAAGUCACACUGGAGAGAAACCCUAUGAAUGUAAGCAAUGCGGUAAAGCUUUUUCUUCUCAGCUAGGUUUCCAGGUACAUACAAGAAGUCACACUGGAGAGAAACCAUAUGAAUGCAAAGAAUGUGGGAAAUUCUUUAAUUAUCCCAGUUCCUUCAGAAGGCAUAAAAAGACUCACAGGAUUCAUCUUCUUGAAUGUAAACAGCAUAAGAAAAUCUGAUCCACAUUCCUACAUGUGAAAAAAAAAAGAAAUGUGAAUGUAACAUAACAAAGCUUGAUAGAAAUUCACAUGUAAUGUUCUAGAAGACUUUCGACAUGAAAAAGUUAUUAUAAAUGUAAGUAUAUUGUGUUUAUCAAGCCUCCUUAAAGUACUUUGUUGGACUGUGGAUUUCUACUAAUUAUUUUCAGAACUGAAUAUUCAGAUAAUUCUGUGAGUCAUCAUUCAACAAUAAAUAAUAUAUAAGAUUAUAGGUAGUAUUUCUUCUUUAAAUCAGUGAAUAGUAUUUUAUAUUUUCAUUUUGAAACCUGUUAGAGUCAUAGGUGAAUUGAAGUGUAUUUCUAAUAUACAGUUUAAUUUUUCGAUAAUGUUCUGUCUGUUGUGUGUUAAGGGGACACUGAAAAAUCAAAGUUUGGUUUUUGUAGGGAUUUUCCUGCUGGUUUUGUGUGACAGUUUCUAGAUAUCUUUAGUCCAUUAUGUGUAUAUUCUACCUUUCUUUUGGGGAAUGGUGGGUAUAGGAGCCUUUUUUUACUUUCACACUAAGAAACCAUUGUAGUACAUUUUUCAAGUGUGCAAGUAUAUGAUAGUUUUAUGUGAAUUACUGUUUUCAUACUGAUUUCUCCUGGGCAACAGCAGGAGGCUGAGAACUAGAAGAAUGACAGUUAGUGGCAGAACAUGGGUAAUGAGCUAAUUCCCUUCAGCCACAGCUGUCACAUGUUUAUCAGAUCUGCUUCCUUACUUAAUCCCACAACAUUUACAAAUGGCUCUAGAAUUUGUUGACAUAAGUCACUCCAUUAGUCUUUCUCCCCACACCCUUUUACUAUAGAGGCGUCCAAGACUCUACAGACCAGCCGUGGUGGACAUAAAUUACCCAGGGCAUUCUUAUUCAAAGACUGUUUUCCUCUGCCCGUGCUACAUAUGGUUAGAACAGCCAACACUGACAACUGACAAGAUCUUUUUAUCGUGGAGUUCCUCCCAGACCCUGAGUUGGUCUGCUCCAUUGCCUGCUACCAAUUUUGCCUUGGAUCAUGAAUGCAGAACCCUCAGGCUUUCUAACUAGAGUUCUCAUUGAAGAGAUGCUAGUACUUUCAGCACAGAGCUGAAAAUGAUGCCCCUGGUAUAUCUCAUCUACAGGGGGAAAUAUGUUUCCUUCACAUUCCUGCAGUCUGUUCUCAAGGUCACUUUUCUAGACUUAUUGGCCACUCUGGGAGUCUCUUACAAGCAUAUGAAUGAUGAGAAAAUUUAUAAAUUUUAUAGGCAGUGUGCUCCCACCACACCUGAUGGACUCCCUGCAGAGAUGCUGUAUUUUGUCCCUAGUUCAAACAGGCCAUCCCUGAUCAAAGAUUGAACACAAACAGCAGAUCUGUUAGUUAAACUCCAGGCAAUCACGUUAGGGUUAAAGAACUCCCUGGCCAAGAAUUGAACUCAUUUACACAAUUUUAUAGUUCCUUUGGCUUCUGCCAAUAUGUAGCUGUCUCAUCCCACCAAUAGCAACAACUCCUUAUCUAGUGUUACUUCUUUGGCAUAAACUCUGGGAAUAUUUUUUAUGUUUCAUUGCUUUCAGAAAGAGAGGAAGGGAGGGUCAGAGAAACAUUGAUGCGAGAGAGGUGUCAAUCAGUUGCCUCCCAUAUGUGCCCGUACCAGGGAUUGGGGAUCAAAGAUCAAACCUGCAACCUAGGUAUGUGCCCUGACCAGGAAUCAAACCCAUACCCUUUCAGUUAUGGGACGAUGCUCCAACCAACUGAACCACACUGCCCAGGGCUCUGGGGAUAUCUUGCUUCACAGUAACCAAGUAAAGUCAAAUCUGCACACAUUAAACCUCAGUCUGCAGAGGCUCAUUUUAUUGCUCAGGGAAAUAAAUUGAGUCAGAUUUCUGACACAUGUACUGACACCUCAGAUAUGAUGCUAUUAACCUUGGUUCUUUGGGCCCACAUAAUACUAAGCCAUUUAAAGGCCUCUUACCUAAAGUUCCAGGCAAAAUUGAAGAAACUUUUUUCUUCUGCCAUGGCUCAUUUAGUGACUGACAAAGGCACCUAAUGUGAGAAAAUGCACCACUGGUAAUAUAAUCAACAUACUUUCCAUACCAUGGAAAGGGUCCCUACAGCUAACAGCAAAUAUAGUUUUUAGUAGCCCCUCACCCCAUCUGCUUCUGCUUGCUAUGCUCACACCAUGGUAGAAACUCAUAGACAAAUUACUUGUCCUAUCAUAUGUGAUCAUACUGAAAAAGCAGGCACUUAACAAAAGACACUCUAGAAAUUAAAACAAAACACUGGGCUCUUAAAAGAAGACAUUCCAUGGACCUUGCAUCUCUCUUAUGACCCUCUUCCACUCUCACAGGUCGGCCUAAUUGCUUGGAGGAAACUUGCUUCUAAAUGGACCUUACUGCUGUGUGAGGCAUUAGUUAGAUUCAGUGCUCAGUCCUUAGGGCCUGUUGCUGUUGUGAUCAUCAGGCUUACCAGACAUUUCUGUCAGAACGCUCUCUCCUACUGGUCUCUCCAGUAAACCAAUGAUCUUUGGUUUACGGGAACAGUGUGUCCCAGCCACAACUCCUACAUCCCACUCCUGGGAUUCCCUGUGUAUCUACUUCAUUUUCGGCCCAUUUCUUCAAAACCCCUCCACCCGUCCAUUAUAAAUAGGCUGACUUCCUACCAAUUACACUCAUGCAGUCAUUGUCCUGGGAGGCACUGGUGCUGACCUGGGCACAAGUGAUCAUCCAACAAGCAACCCAUUAAUGCCAAUGUGGUAACAUCAAAAACACUAAAAAAAAUACAUAUCACAGCUAAUGAUUCAGAUGGCUUCCUCGACGGAAAACCCUACAGUAGCUGAUGACAUCUUGGCUUUGGUGUAUUUAGUAGCAACCAGAGAGAGUUGUGUUCCCCUAAAACGGCUGCUGGCCACACGUGGGUGGGCUACCCUGCGAAGGUGCCACCAAAACCACAACACAGACAAAAUCACAUUACUAAGCAGUUAGAACCAUUCUGGAACCAUACUCUCCUGGAUUUCUCCAACACCCGAGGAUGACUGGACUCAAAAGGGUUUUGUCAGGUUUGACAGUUUAGUUAUAAUACAUUGUUUGUGCUUUUUACAUGCCUUUUAACUUAUGUUCAAAUUCAUUCAGAGGACAUGUGACACAGUUCAGUCAACAAACUCAGGAGUAAAAAAAAAAAGCCCAGGAGAGAACUUUAAUAAAGGUGCUGAGCUCACUUUUGAUAUUUGAUCUUUAAUCAGUGUCGAUAACCUGCACACCCUGCCCAACCCACGUAGGGAAACCUAUGAUGUUGACACGUCUCUCUCUGAGUGAGCAGGUAAAAGAGUCAAACCUUGAAUAUUUCCAGCCUCUAAUCCUACACAUCUUAAAGGGCCAACCCAUUCUUCUUUUUGGAAGCCACCUAAAUGAAGUUACCUUUUAGAAGGUACCUCUGAGUAAUAAUUUUUCUCUUCAUUUCAUGCAUGUGGUGACAUAGCCUUGACAUUUGGUCCUAUUUUAAGUAAGGUGUUAAUCCAGCCCUCAAAAGAGCAAUGAUAGCCCUGACCAAUGUGCCCAGUUGGUGGAGCAUCAUCCUGCAAAGGAAAGAGUCGCUGGUUUGAUACCCGGUCAGGGUGUGUACAGGAGAUAACCAAUUAAACUCUCUUGCAUUGAUGUUUCUCAUCCUCUCUUUCUGCCACCAUUCCCCUCUCUCUAAUAAUAAAUCUUUUUUUUAAAAAGGGCAAUGAUAGCUCAGGCUCAGUGGAUAAAGCACCUGUGAACCAGAAGGUCACUGGUUCAAUUCCCCAUCAGGCCACAUGCCUGGGUUGCAGGUCAGGCGCCCAGGUGGGGGUGUGCCAGAGGCAACCCAUCGAAGUAUCUCUCACACAUCAGUGUUUCUCUCCCUUUCUUCCCCCUUCCCUUCUGAUAUCUCUAAAAAUUAAUAAAAUACUUUUUGAAGGGCAAUGAUAAAACAAGGUAAUCAAUGGAAAAGUUUUUUCAGGUGACAAAUAGCUGUCCACUGUGGGGAAUUUCGAGAAGAUGAGGGGGAAAAAUUCAAAAUGCAGAGAUUCUAUUAUAUUUUUAGAUUCAGUGGCUACAAAAGAAAACCUUUGAAACCACACACAAGGUGAUUUUGAAAUCACCCACUAGGGUGAUUUCAAAGCUGCAGGAUUAAUCAUUAAAAAUGGCAUAGUGUCAUAAGGGAAAUAAAGAACAACACAAGUGAAUGAAUAGUUUCUGUCCCAACAUGUAAAUAGCUUGGAGUGCCCAUUCUCAUCCUCACAACAAUAAAAUACUGAAAAACAUGUAGAGCAACAUUUCUUCUUAGAUUCGUGAGAAGUUUAAGGUUAUAUGGCAACCCCAAAACGAGAGACUGGAGACUAUGGAGAAUUGACACUUACUGAAAGUAGAGGCCAAUGGAGUUAGCAACCACCAGGAAUGUGUGAACUAUAGUAGAUGAAUUGCUGACACAGUAAAAACUAGCUUAAAAUUUACAAACUCAAAGUCGGGGCCUGUCUUUAGGCUGCUCCCCACAGUUCAUGAAUUUUUUGGCAGGAACCCAAACAGGGUUCCUGUCUAAUAGUGAAUCUUGGGGGAAAAUUGCCUCAUGCUUCUUGCAAGUAAUGGGAAAAUAUUUUUAUACACACACAAAGCAUUCUGUUCUCUGUAACACAGGCUAUCCCUCAAAGAAAACUACUUUGCCAAGGCCUUUGCAUAGUGAAAGAGUGGUCAGACAUCAUCUAGACCCUUCAGGUUUAUUCUCUGACAAACAGGGAGGAGUCAAGGCUAAGAACAUGCUUUAUUGGAUGGCCAAUAGACAUAUGAAAAGAUGCUCAAUGUCACUAGUCAGAGAAAUGCACAUUAAAACCACAAUGACAUAUCACUUCACAUCUGUCAGAAUGGCUAUCAAUAAAUCAAUAAGUGCUGGUGACCAUAUGGAGAAGAGGGAACCCUUUUGCACUGUUGGUGGAAUGCAGAUUGGUGUAGCCACUGUGUAAAGCAGUAUGGAGGUUCCUCAAAAAAUUAAAAACAGACUGCCUUAUGACCCAGCAAUUCAGCAAUUACACUUCUGGGUAUAUAUCUGCAGAAACCAGAAACACUAAUUCAAAAGAAUAUGUAUACCCCUAUAUUUAUCGCAGCAUUAUUUACAAUAGCCAAAAUGUGGAAGCAACCAGUGCCCAUCAAUAGAUGAGUGAAUUAAAAAAAAAAAGCCAUGGCACAUAUAUACAAUGGAAUAUUACUUUUUCAUGAAAAAGAACAAAAUCUGCCCUGGCUGGUGUGGCUCAGUGGAUUGAGCACCAGCCUAUGAAUCAAAGGGUCUUCAAUUCCUAGUCAGGGCACAUGCCUGGGUUGCAGGUCCAGUCCCCGGGUGGGGUGGGCACACAAGAGGCAAUCACGCAUUGAUAUUUCUCUCCCUCACUUCCCCUCUCUAAAAAUAAAUCUUUAAAAAAAAACAAUGAAAUCUUACCAUUUGGAAUAGCAUGGAUGGACCUAAAGGGUAUUAUGCUAAGUGAAAUAAGUUGAUCAGAGUAAGACAUACCAUAUGAUUUCAAUUAUAGUGGAAUCUAAAUAACAAUAUAAGCAAAACAGAAAUAGACUCACAGAUACAGAAAACAAACUGAUGGUAGACAGAGGGGGGAGAAUUGGGGGACUGGAUGAAAAAAGAGCUAAUUACAAAAUAGAGGGAUGUAAAGUACAGUAUAGGAAAUAUAGUCAAUAAUAUUGUAAUAACUAUGUAUGGUGCAAGGUGGGUACUGGGAAUAUUCAGAAGGAACACUUCAUAAAGUAUGUGAUUGUCUAACCACUAUGCUGUACACCUGAAACUAAUAUAAGAUAAUAUACAAUGUAAACUGUGAUUGAAAGUAAAUAAAUAAAUAAUUAAGACUAGAGCUGUGAUAUGACCCAGCAAUCCCUCUUCUGGGUAUUGACCUAAAAAAAUUUAAAAGCAUUUAUUUAUAAAGAUAUAUGGAUCCCUAUGUUCAUCACAGCCUUACAGUGGACAAGAUGCGGAAACAACCUAAGUGCCCUUUGAUGGACGUAACUGGGUAAAGAAGAUGUGGUACAUAUACAAUGGAAUACUACUCAGCCAUAAGAAAAGAUGACAUUUGUGACAACAUGAAUGGAUCUUCAGAGUAUCAUGCUCAGCAAAAAAAAAAAAAAAGAUUAAAAAGGACAAGAACCAUAAGAUUUCACUCAUACAUGGGAUAUAAAACAAAAAGCAACAAAUGAACAAACAAAACAGACAAAUUCAUAGACACAAUGGAAUAGUGGUUACCAGAGGGGAAGGAGGAUGAGAGGAAGAUGAACAGAGAGAAGAGGGUCAAAUAUAUGGUGAUGGAAGAAGAUUCAACUCUGGGUGGUGAGCACACAAUGCAAAGGUACAGAUCAUGUAUUAUAGAAUAGUGCAUGUGAAGCUUAUAUUGUUAUUAACCAAUAUCAUCCAAAAUCAGUUUAAUUUUUAAAAAGAGAACAAGCAGAAGCAAGAAGGAAGGAAGGAGCCCUGCCCUUGGUCUUGUGCUCAGCCUUGCAGGCGCUGUCCCACAGGAUGGUGGGGGCUGAGUGUACAUGCAGUUUGUUGCCCUGAGCCCCCACUUGCCAGCCUGGGGGGCUUUACCAGUUCCAGCCCAGCUCUAUCACAAACAGGUUGUUGAUCAUUAUGAAUAUCCUAGAAAUGUGGAGUCUUGACAUCUAAAAAUGCUGGAACAGGAUUGGUGGGGGCUUCAGCAUGUGGUGAUGUAAUGAAAUUACAGAUUCAAGUGGAUUAAAAGGGGAAGAUCAUGGAUGUCAGAUUUAAAACACUUGACUGAGGUUCUGCAAUUGCCUCCAGUUCAUUAGCCAGCCAUUAAAUGGGUGAAAGGGAAGACAAGGGAAGAUGGUGAAGGGAGCAUUGACCAUCGAAAACACAGAUCAUCACUCUGGCCAGGUGGCUCAGUUGGUUGAAACAUUGUCUCCUACACACACACAAAAAAAUGUUGCUGGUUCAGUUCCAGUCAUGGUGCAUAUGGAAGACAACCAAUCAAUGUUUCUCACAUCGAUAGUUUUCUCUCCUCUCUCCUUUCUUUCUCUCUAAAAUCAAUAAAUGUAUCCUUGUGUGAGGAUUAAAAAAAAAGAAAGAAAUAGAUAUCACCAAGGAACUAUGCUCUCCUCCUGCUCUCUGCUGGCUGAAGAUGCAACCAAGGCCACCCUGGCCAAUUACAAGCUGAAACAAAAACCCAAGAAAGGAAAAACAGGGAAGAAAUGAGCCUUUGAUGAAGCCUUCAGCAGCACACCUUUGCCUACCUGCUGUGCAAUUAAGGUAGAUUUCAGAAGCUCCUUGCACUAAAGUAAAAGAGCCAUGAGAUACAUCAUUGUGGCUCUGAUGCAAGCAAAAUACAGUUUAAUAGUCCUGAAUUCUGUGGUAUUUUUUGCUUCACUUUUAUGGCCUUCACUUAUUUUAUGUAUAGUUUGAAUAUUGUGUAUGGCCUCAAAAUUGAAAUCAGUAAUGAAGUCUCAAGUUUUGAUAGUCCAUGAACUGCAGAAAUA